AUGUCUUACUCUGGGAAUGCUUCGAAUACUUACUCGCGUGGACCUAUUCACUCUGAUGGACACAUCGUAUCCCAAUCACCCAUUGUUACCCCGGCCAGCACCCCUACAGCGGAUCCCAAUUGUCACUCUAUGCCCGAUACUGGCGUGACGAGGACAUAUGAUCUUCAUGUGGCGUACCAGACCAUCGCUCCCGAUGGUGUCACAAGGAACGGUCUCACUAUCAAUGGUCAAUUUCCCGGCCCCCUUGUCGAGGCGAACUGGGGUGAUUGGAUCUUGUGGAGGGUCACUAACGAUCUUACUGACGAGGGAACCACUCUUCACGCUCACGGACUCUUACAGAUGGAAACGCCAUGGUAUGAUGGCGUGCCAGCUGUUGGCCAAUGCCCAGUCACACCCAACGGUGGCUACUAUGAGAUGCUGUUCCGUGCCGACCGUUAUGGUCAUUAUAGCGCCCAGUACUCCGGCGGUGCUCACGGUCCCCUCGUUAUCCACGGCCCCAAGCACGAAGAAUACGACAUCGAUGUCGGUCCAAUCAUCGUCGAGGAUUGGUUCCAUGCCGAUUAUUACACUCUAGUCAACGCUACCAUGAACGGACGAAUCUCGCCAUCGAAUAACAACUUGAUCAACGGGCGCAUGAACUACCCCUGCGACGAGACGUCACUUCCUUGCACACCCAACGCCGGCAUAUCCAAGUUCAAAUUUGAGUCUGGAAAGAAACAUCUGCUACGUCUCAUCAAUGCAGGUGCUGAAGGAAACCAGAAGUUCAGCAUUGACGGACACAUGUUGAAGGUCAUUGCUCUUGACUUCAUCCCGGUCGAGCCGUACAUGACCAACGUAGUCACACUCGCCAUUGGUCAGCGUACCGACGUUAUUGUUGAGGCAAUCGGCAACCCCGGUGACACAUUCUGGAUGCGCUCCCAGCUUGCCCAGGGUUUCCGCUGCACUCUUACCGACGGCAUCUCACCGAACGCUCUUGCGGCAGUCUACUACGAAGAUGCGGACACCGAAGCAAUUCCAGAAUCAACCUCGGACGUCACCCAGGAACAACUUGAGCAGUGCAAGAACGACCCCAUCACCCUCGGCAUCCCGCUUUGCCAGAUCCCCGUGGAGGAACCUGAGCAUGUCGAGCGCGUUGACAUGCGUUUUCAGUCCAACGGCUCGCACUUUGUGUGGUUCAUGAACAACAGUCCAUACCGCGGCGACUACAACGCGCCCAUUCUCCUCAAGGCCAAGCUUGGUGAGACCGACUUCAAGCCCGAGUGGAACGUCUAUGAGUUCCCUAACGCCGAGCACGUCCGUAUUGUUCUUGUGAACCAUGCCAUGAUUGGUGGUCACCCUAUGCAUCUUCACGGCCACGAUUUUCAUGUCCUUGCUGAAGGCCAUGGUGAGUGGGACGGUGUCGUUACCAACUCUGGAAACACCAUCCGUCGUGACACGCACUUGAUGGCAAAUGCCCGUCUUGUUGACAACGUCCCGGAGCCUUCAUACAUGGUGAUUCAGUAUGUGCAGAACAACCCUGGAGUCUGGCCUCUCCACUGCCAUCUCGCUUGGCACGUAAGUGGAGGCUUGUUCAUGCAGAUUUUGGAGAAUACCGACGAGAUCAAGAAGCAGGAUUUUGGAGCAGAGCAGUUCGAUCUUUGUGAUACGUGGGAUGCGUACUCAGCUGUGAACAUUUUGAACCAAAUUGACUCUGGGUUGUGA